AUGGUAGAGAGUAAUCAGAUGCUUGACCAUCGACAUAACUGCGUCACACUCCACCAGAUUCCACAGGUACUGGAAGAUUCGUGCAAUCUCCGCGACACCGAAAGCCUCGCCCGUGCAGGAUCAAGCACCUACUCCCUCCGACCUACCACCGCCACAGACUCUGCAGACUGGUGGACAAGAGAAGUCUGCGCCUGGGGACCUGCCUCAGACGUGAUCACCGAAUAUACAUACACCUGGACCGACUCAGAUGGUUCCAAAACAAGCUCCAUCGGUGAAAUGAGCUCCCCCGGCUCAGUCAAUGCCUUCGGUAUCGAAAUCCGGUGGCAGUCCACCGAUUUUAGCAGCGUACCCGCCACAGCUUCUGCAACAGCCACCCCGGACUCCCCAACACCGACAUCGUCGCAAGACUCUGCAGGAUCAGACAGUUCGUCCGGACUCUCCUCGGGCGCAACGGCAGGAAUCGGGGUUGGCGUUGCCGCUGGUGUGGUUGUUGUGGCGAUUCUCGCGCUGUUCUUCUUCUGGUUCCGGCGACGGAAAGCUAGACAGGUUGCGUCUGUGCAUAUCCCACAAAGCCCGCAUGAUGCAUACCCGCCUAAUGCGUAUGCUCAUGAUAUGUACGGCGACGGUGGGCAAGUGGCCGAACUGUCUGCUACGAGAAAUAAGCCGUUCACCUAUCAAAAAGCGGAAUUGUCUUCUGAAACAGCGGAUGAGACCAGUUGA